AUGGUCUUCGCUGAAAGUAACAGAGACAGCUCUGGAGGUUACCUGCAUGACUUUAAUGAUGGCUUAUUAGUACAUAACCAUCCAUUGUUUUCUACUGAUAGCAUGGCUUGUUUCACUUUUAUGCUGAUGACUCGUAGCUUUAUACCUCUUUUGCUUGCAAUGACACCUCUGAUCUAGUGGCUGCAAAACAAAGUCUUGAGAACUGCGUUGCUGACAUCAAUUUGUGUAUGACUGCCAACAAGUUAAAGCUUAACAAUGAUAAAUCAGAAUUUCUCUUUCUGCACUCCCGUUUUCGUCAUUCGUUGCCCCCGCCCACGAUUUCUGUUGGCAUGCAAAACAUCAGGCCCUCUCAACAGGCUCACAAUCUUGGCGUGAUUUUUGACGACACAAUGUCACUUUCACCUCAUGUUAAUACAAUAGUUAAGGGUGCCUUCUAGCACAUACGAAAUAUUUCUAAAAUAAGAAAAUACAUCAGUACAAGUACCACAGAAAUUCUAAUUCACAGUUUUCUUAGCUCGAAGUUGGACUUUUGUAAUUCUCUUCUUUUUGGUGCCCAAAAACGGGACAUAGCUAAGUUGCAGUCCAUUCAGAAUGCGGCUGCUCGAAUUAUCGCGGGUCUCGAAAAACGAGAUCACAUCACCGAGACUCUAAGAGAUCUUCACUGGCUUCCUGUUGAGGAGAGAAUUGUUUUUAAAAUAAAUUUAAUAACUUUUAAAACAUUGAAUGGCUCCGGUCUCCGAUAUCUUGAAGAUGUUUUAAAAUUUUACCAUCAAGGAAGGACAUUACGGUCAUCAAGGGAUCAUUUACACCUUGAAGAACCAAAUUUUAACAUGAAAACUUAUGGCCAGCGAGCGUUUUCCGUUGCUGCCCCCCGACUAUGGAACAAGCUCCCCUUUGAAAUUCGAGCUUGUUCUGAUGUUAAUCUUUUGAAAAAGGUAUACGACAUUUAGUUUCGUCAUAUUUGUUUUUGUUUGUUUGUUUGCUUUUUUUUUCUCUUUCCUUUUUAAGAUGUGUAUAGUAGGGUUAUAUGUAAGCUUGUGCUUAAUGAUAUUCUUAUGUCCUUUUUUACAUUGUAAAGUGCUGAGAACGGCAAUGUAUAAGCGCUAUAUAAAUUCCAUUAUUAUUAUUAUUAUUAUUAUUAUUAUUAUUAUUGCUCUAAAGUUAGUAAUUUACUAUGACGAUGUUAAUACUGCCAAUCCAAUGACUAACAAGGUUCAUCAGUUAGGUUUGUUCUAUUACCAGCUUGUUAAUAUAAAAUCUGUUUAUCGUGGAAAGUUAAACUCCAUUCAACUGUUUGGCAUUUGUAGAAAGCCAUACAUAAAACAGUUCGGUUUGAAUGAGAUACUUAAGCCCUUGGUAGAUGACCUAAAAGAACUGGGAAGUGAUAGUGCUUAUCCUUUUGACAUAGGAGGGGGCAUUGUUUAUUUCAGGAGGUGCAAUCCUUGCAGGAAUAGCUGA